AUGAGGCUAGCGAUCAUCACAAGUCGGAUAGCGAUGAAGCCAGCGAACUACGGAGCAACAACUCAAAUUGCAGCGAAAAAGACGACCGUAGACAAGAACGGCUUCGAGCAUAAUAUGUAUUACGUCAACGAUGGCGUCUAUGGCUCGUUCCUUGACGAGCUGCUGCAGAUCAGAACGCGAGUACCCCAAGCUAUCGACGAGAGUCGCGAGACCCAGGACAAGCACUUGUCGACCUUGUGGGGCCCAACCUGUGACUCGUUGGACUGUAUAGUUAAAGACGUGAUGAUGCCAGAGUACCAACUUGGCGAUUGGCUCUACUGGAAAGACAUGGGCGCAUACUCGACCUGCCUUGGAACUAAUUUCAACGGCUUUGGAGUGCCCAUCAUCUUUCCUGUUAUGCGAAGAAGUAACUGGAAUGAUUUUAUGUCAGAGAUCAGUAAAAACAAUCAAGUGAUAGUAAGAGAAAUCGACGAUGAGGCUAGCGAUCAUCCCAAGUCGGAUAGCGAUGAAGCCAGCGAACUACGGAGCAACAACUCAAAUUGCAGCAUGUAGCCUCUAUGAUGGUGCACUUCUCAACAAUGUAGUUCCAAGUCCACCUAAUUUUACUAUCAAUUUAUACAUAUAUUUUCUAUACUGCCCACCUACCUACUACUGAUACGCGUUCGAGUACUCUACAUCUGAUAUGUGAUACGAUGCAGCGAUACGGCAAUAUGACUGCUACUCAUAAUUCUUGCAUUAAUAAUAAAUUUAUUGCUAGGCUUAAAAUAAAGAAAAAUGUGUUCAAUGUGAUGAAUAUUUAUUAAACAUAAUAAUUGUUGCGUAAAAUAAAAUUAAAUAUAUUCAUUUUGUCACAAAAUGCGAUUCGUCCGAAA